GGCGAGCGGCCGCAGCGGUGACGACUGUGGCGGAGAAGGCCCGGAGAAGCUCUGCGUUCUGGGGUAUCGCUGCUUGGGCCGGUGGUAGAUUGCAGGCUGCUGGUGUCUCGGCGGAGGAGAACGGCGAGUGGGUUCGGCAUUUCUCGUCGGCAUCCCUACAACGAUGAGCGCUGCCAGAGAGUCUCACCCCCAUGGGGUGAAGCGUUCAGCCUCCCCAGACGACGAUCUUGGAUCUAGCAAUUGGGAGGCGGCAGACUUGGGUAAUGAAGAGAGAAAACAAAAAUUCUUGAGACUGAUGGGUGCAGGAAAGAAAGAACAUACUGGUCGUCUUGUUAUAGGAGAUCACAAAUCAACAUCGCACUUCCGAACAGGGGAAGAAGACAAGAAAAUUAAUGAAGAACUGGAGUCUCAAUAUCAACAAAGUAUGGACAGUAAAUUAUCAGGAAGAUAUCGACGACAUUGUGGACUUGGCUUCAGUGAGGUAGAAGAUCAUGAUGGAGAAGGUGAUGUGGCUGGAGAUGAUGACGAUGAUGAUGAUGAUUCACCUGAUCCUGAAAGUCCAGAUGACUCUGAAAGUGAUUCAGAGUCAGAGAAGGAAGAAUCUGCUGAAGAACUCCAAGCUACUGAGCACCCUGAUGAGGUGGAGGAUCCCAAAAACAAAAAAGAUGCAAAAAGCAACUAUAAAAUGAUGUUUGUUAAAUCCAGUGGUUCAUAACUCCCAAACACUCAGUCUUUGUAUUAAAAGUAAGCCUUAUUGUUAUAAUGCACAGUGGAGGACUGCUUAUAGAGCACAGACCUUUGUAUUAUAAUUUUUAAAAAGGCCCUUUUAAAUAAUUACAAAGAGUGUUUGCUUUCAAAUGCCAUUGGUUACACUUUUAUGGGCAUGACUAUAACCUUUUUGUAAAGAGUAAGAGUUGUAUAAAAUAAGAAAUAAAUACAGUACUCAACUUCCUUUCAUAUUAGCAUCA